AUGGUGCGACAUAGUUCCGAGGCCCCCAGUACUACUCCUGGGGGACAGACCACCCUGGGCUCCUCGUUCUAUCCACCGGAGUAUAUUUGGAAUUCCCUCUCUGAUACCCAACGCGAUUCAUUCAUGUCCACCGUGUCCGCUUCCCUUGUUGCGGGCGACGGGCAGCGCAAGCGCCCACGUAUAGACCUCACCACGGAGGAGGAUGUCGACGACGGUAGGGUCCCGUCGCUUGUUGUGCCAGUCCUCCCCCGCUUCCCCGGUCUCGACCGUGCUGCCAUUAUAGCCGUUUUCGAACACACCUUCUGCCCAAAGAAGGACCUCAUAAAACUUCGCAGCCCCGAGUUCAAAGCCACGGCACCGGAUGGCGAGUCCUUCGACUUAAAGUCCACAUCUCCUCCGCAAGGUAUUUUCAAUCAAGGAUUGGGUGGAAUGGUCCUUUUCUACCGCCGCAUUUGUGACCUUGCCAGGGCAUAUAAGUGGCAGGAGUGUAUCCUGCAAAUGGCCUUAGACCACCACCAGAUGGUCGUCGAUAAAGGCGACCUCACCGUUUCUCUUGGUGACUGGGGAAUUGGGAAAGCUCUUGAAAGCUCCUACCUACGUCCGGACAACGUACUCCCAGCAAAGACGGCGCCGACUACCCCAAGCACACGUUCAACUCUUCUGCUGGCUGCCACUGGCGAACAUGUCACCGACCACGCCGCGGUCUGCCUUGAUAUAUUUCAAAUGCUAUCGCCGCCAACCAGCUGGCCAGCCCCGCGUCCCAACACUUCUCUUCAGUUUAAGAUCUUUGACUCUUCCCUCCCGCCUCUGCGUGGCUCCGCUUCCCCUUUUAUCAGUUCAGCGUGGGAAACUCUCCUUGAACAUUACCCUGGUGAUCUAGGGACUAUUUGCAGCGGCAUUCUCACAUUCGGCUGCCGCCUUGGUUGUACGGGCCAGCCGACAGACCGCCGAACAUCUAAUCACCAUAUUGAGGAACCCUCUAUUUUUACCCAAAAGCUCUCCGAUGACCUGUCAAACCGUCGGGUGCAAGUUUGCACUGGCCCCGUUGUUGUGUCCCCACUAGGGCUCGUGCCUAAACACGAUGGAGGCUGGCGCCGUAUCCAUGACCUUUCCUACCCGCCAGGGCGCAGUGUCAACGAGUCCAUCCCGGAUACCGCCUCUGCCAUACAAUACAUCUCCAUAGAUCACAUUUUCGAUCUCAUCCGCACCUCUGGACGAGGAUGCUGUAUCAUCAAACGCGACAUCAAAGAUGCUUUCCGCAAUAUCCCCGUCGCACCCGCCGACCGGCCCCUCCUAGCCUUUUGGUGGGAUAGCAAGAUAUAUAUGGAGUGUUGCCUUCCAUUUGGUCUUGCAACUGCACCCUUCAUCUUUAACCUUUUUGCUGAGGGUCUCAACUGGCUUCUGACUGCCUACUUGCCUGUGGCCUCCAUCGUUCAUUACCUUGACGAUUUCAUCACUGUUUUCCUCCUUCUGAAUAACGCCAAAGACGCCGCGGGUACCGUGAUCAGUGUGCUUGGGGUCGAAAUCGACACGACACUUCUGCAGGCCCGCAUGCCACACGAUAAGCUAACACGCGCAUCUUCUGAAGCUGCGUCGCUAUUACGGCAAAAUCGUGUUUCGCAUAAAGCUUUGCAACGUGUGACCCCGCCUCCAGUCGCUCUACAGCGACCUCGCAUCUUUCCACCUCACCAGCACUCUCUCCGCCGCCUAUCCCAUGAUAGCCACGAGGACUUCGCGUGGUGGACGGAUACAAUUCCGUUUUUCAACGGAAUCUAUUUCGUCGAGAAGAGCCGCCCCCUAGUUGCCCUCUACACAGACGCGUGUGACUCCGGUCUGGGCCUCUUCUUCUUUUAUGCGCCCUCGCGGGACUCCGCCGGAGACUGGUUGUCUGCAGCUCCUUACCUGCCUUCCACUCACGCCGCUAUUGUGGACGCCUCCUCCGCCCGCGCCAGCGAGGCCCACAUUAACACCAAGGAGGUUACCGCAAUUCUGCAGGCCUUCCUUCUACACAGCCUCCAUUGGGCUCAUCAUCGUGUCCUCGCUUUCACGGACUGUGCCGUCGCGUUCCAUGGCCUGUCGAAGCAGGCACUCCGCGGGCCGGCCCAUCGCCAACUGCUCAUGCUCUUUAGCAUAGCAGCCGCCCUUGACAUAGAAAUCCAGCCACGCUGGCUACCUUCAUCGGAGAACAUGCUAGCUGAUGCAUUAUCCCUGGACGAGCUCCUUUCCCUUGCUCCGCCAGCCUGGUUCUCCCGCCAGCCUAUUUUCGUGAGUGUCGGCCAUGCCAAGCUGGUCUGGAAUGGUCUUGCAGAGGGAACCAGAAAGGGAUACCGCUCUGCACAGCGCUCAUACACCCGUAGCUGCGCCCUCAAUGGAGUGCAGCCGUGGCCAGCAACCGCACCAGCGAUCUACACUUGGCUCACGGAACGACUGCCAGGCGCAGGUAGGAGCCCACCGGUCAAGCCCGAUACAGCCAUGUCCGAGCUCUCAGCUCUCCGCGCGUAUCACGUCGACAACGGUCUUCCCGAGUGGUUUUGA